CUCCUCGCACGCUCGGCGAUUGUCCUUUGUCUAAUGUAAACAAACAUGGGUGGCAAGACGGUCGCUUAUUUCUAUGAUCCUGACGUCGGGAAUUUUCACUAUGGCCCAGGGCAUCCGAUGAAACCACACAGACUCUCCAUUACACACAGUCUUGUUUUACAUUAUGGGCUGUAUAAGAAGCUACAAAUCUACAGACCCUACAGAGCAAACUUCCAUGACAUGACAAGAUUUCAUUCUGAAGAAUACAUAGAUUUCCUUAUGCGUGUUUCUCCGCAAAAUGCUCAGAACUUCACAAAGAACUUGGGGCAAUUUAAUAUGGCAGAUGACUGCCCAGUGUUUGACGGCUUGUAUGACUUCUGCUCCAUGUACACUGGGGCCUCGUUAGAGGGAGCUGUCAAGCUGAACCACAAUUGUUGUGACAUUGCCGUCAAUUGGUCGGGUGGUUUGCAUCACGCCAAGAAAUUUGAAGCCUCAGGAUUCUGUUAUGUUAACGAUAUUGUAAUAGCCAUUCUAGAAAUGUUAAAGUAUCAUCCAAGAGUACUGUAUAUUGACAUAGACAUUCAUCAUGGCGACGGAGUACAAGAGGCUUUCUACCUCACAGACAGGGUUAUGACAGUUUCUUUCCACAAAUAUGGGAAUUAUUUCUUCCCAGGAACUGGUGACAUGUUUGAAAUUGGGCAUGAGAGUGGCAGAUAUUAUUCAGUGAAUGUGCCCUUAAAGGAGGGUAUUGACGAUGCCAGCUACAUCCAGGUCUUCAAACCCGUCAUUGAAGGUGUGAUGGAGUUCUACCGUCCAACAGCCAUUGUUCUUCAGUGUGGUGCAGAUUCCCUUUCUGGAGACCGGCUUGGCUGCUUCUCACUCUCCACAAAGGGCCAUGGAGAGUGUGUCAGCUUCACAAAGAAAUUUGGUGUCCCACUAUUAGUGUUGGGAGGUGGUGGAUACACUCCGAGAAAUGUUGCAAGAUGUUGGGCUUACGAAACAGGAUUGCUUGUGGAUAGUGACAUGCCAACAGAAAUUCCUUACAACACAGAGUAUUUCCAGUACUUUGCUCCCGAUUUCUCGCUCCACCCAGAGGUGAUAACGCGGCAGGAAAAUGGAAAUAGUCGGCAGUACCUGGAUGCUAUUGUAAAGCACGUGUAUGAUAAUUUAAGAAUGGUUCAACAUGCUCCUAGUGUCCAGAUGCAGGAUGUCCCAGGAGAUGGCCUAAGUAUUAAGGAGGAGGAAGAGAUUGAUCCAGACACUCGACUACACAUCAGUGAAGAAGAUAAGAGAGUGGAACCUGAGAAUGAGUUCUACGAUGGAGAAAAGGAUAAUGAUAAAGAUGCUGACAGUGAUGCCAAUAUCCCAACGUCAAAGAACUAAGAGGAUGUCCAGUCUGGAAAUAGGAAGUACGGUCUUCCUUGUUUCACAUAGGAACAAAGAGGAACUUCCAAAGACGAGUGUGGGAUUGUCUUCCUUCCCUGUAAGAGGAAAUUAAAGUGGAAAGAGUGAAGGCAAGAAGUAAAUGAGAAAAUAAAAGGAGGAGUGUGCUAGUGCAAAUUGCAAGCAAAUAAUUUGAAUUGACUUGUAAAGUACAGUAUUAUCAAAAUAGUUUAUAUAUAUAUAAUGCUUUAGGUUUCAUAACUAAGACAAAAAAAUUAAACCUUUUUAAGAAAAUUA